CACCAUCACUUCAUUUUCUCUUUAUCGCUUCUUUCAUCACCCCUACAACUCCAUGUUCUGAAAGAGAACCUCUUAUUCUUCCUCAAGUUAUUGCAUUCAAUGCACAUUUAUAUGUCCUUGUCACGAUACAAAUAACUCUGCUACCACCACUAGCUAGUGCACUAUAUAUCCAAUCCCUGUGCAGAUAAAGUUUUGCUCAAAAUUUCAGACCAAAUAUCUCUCUCUCUCUAUUAUCAUGUCAAGUACUGCAUAUCUUCUUCUUUUAUUUCUAUGCAUCUCCUUGCAUGCAUGUAAUGCCCGUCGUAUCGGCCCUCUAGAUAAGAAGAUGGAGAAGAAGCACCACUUCUCUACCAAGAGUGAUGAGAAAAUUGAGUUUGAUUCCUCUCCAAAACAGCUUAAUGAUGAAGGCAAUGGAAACGUUGGGGCUCGUUUGGUUGCUGAUUCUAUGAAGCCAAAAAGCAGAAGAAGCACUCACCAGAUAGUUCUCAAAGGAAAAGCAUCAGGCUCCUUAAGAACUGAAUCUCUUGCUUCAGUUUCCUGGCGAGUGCCUCAUCACAAGAAGCAUAGUCAGAAACAACUUGUUCAGUUUGACGUGGACUAUGAACCACCAAAGACACAUCCUCCUUCCCACAACUAAGCAACAAUGUACCACCAUAUGAUCCUACUUUGUUUGAGGAUGUAUAGUAGGUGAAGCCAUGAAGGUUGGAAAUUAAAUAAAGAACAGCAAUUGAGACAGGGCCUCUCAAUCUAGGGUGAAAUCUUUAGUUUUGUAAGCAUAUAUAAUGGCUGUUAAAACUUAAGCUAUUUUAAAUGUUCUUAUAUAUAUAUAUAUAUACUUUACAUAUAUAUACACCUGAGAUAU